AUGCAACUUGGUAAAAUAGAACCCAACUACGAACACCACCAAAACCAAUCCUUAAUGGACACAAUGAAAUAUCUGAACGUCUCGCAGAGCACAAGCAUGGCAGUCAACAACAACUCGCCGGCCGACGAGGUCGAUUCGCUAUUCAUCUCAUCCUGCUGGAGCUCCAACUCCGGCAUGCAGGCCGAAUUCAUGGACAACUUCGGCUCGGACAAGCUCCUGCUCGAGUCCACCUUCCACGACGACGCCAAGUCCAACAUGGACACGCUCAACAACCUCCUCGACGGCGCCGACAACGACCUCGCCGAGCUCAAACCGCUGCCCCCGUUCACCGGCUACACCGCCAACUUGAGCAUCAACGGCAUCCAAGGCCACCACUAUCACACGAUAUCCCAGAGGAACCUGGACAAAACCAACGGUUACAGCAACUUCAACGAGCAGAACAUGGUGACGAGCUCCACCUGCAACAUGAACCCCGACUCCGUCAGCGAGCAGGAGGACGAAACGUUCUUCUCCACCAACGAUUCCUACCGAGAUUGCGUCGAUCCGGAUUCCGUUUCGUCGCUGAAUUACGAAACGUGCAGCCAAUCCACCGGCGAAACGGCCGCUAACAUAAAAUCAGAAGUAGUCGAAUACGAUAUAUCUUCCAUAGACGAUAUAGCGGCCAUCAUAGGCUCCGCUAUAGCCGACACCACCGUUCCCAACCCGGACAGCGAAGACCCUACGGGGUCUAGAGACAGCUGGAUGGACUUGGACGCUUGGAUAGACAGCACUUGCGCCAUCCAACAAAAAGGAGGUUUGAUAAUGUCACCAGACGGUCUAACGGAGUACAUAGUACCGCCGGUGCAAUCGAGCAGCAUGCAAUCGCAGGAUAUCGACGCUCUCUCGGCCUCCGGCUACAUGCCUUUGCUGAAAAACCGCCUGCAAAACGGCCCUCCAAUCAAACAAGAGAUGCUCCACGCGAAUUACGGCAACGACGCCAUCUCCACGUCCAGUCCGCCGUCGAACGUGGUGUCCACGACUGACAACAUCUUCGUAACGGUGAACGGUCGAUUCCUGCCGCAGUACAUCAACAACUUAGAAAAUCGAAUACCCAGUCCGGAUUUGAUCAACAGCACGCCGACGACGACGAAGAAGUCGCGGAACAAGGCGCAGAAGAAGCAGAUCCACGCGAACUUGUACCAGACGGACCAGACGCUGGGCGUGAUGGGCAAGGAGAAGCCGGUGCACAGGUGCAAUAUUUGCAAUAGGGGGUUCUUGAAUAAGAGCAAUAUUAAGGUGCACGUCAGGUUGCACACCGGCGAGAAGCCGUUCAGGACAUUACCUCAACAGCCACCUAGUCUUCCAAAUGCCGUGCCCCUGACGACGCCUCGCCAUCCACACCCCCUUUUUAUGGACACGAUGAAAUACCCGAACCUGUCGCAAAGCGCGAGCAUGGCAGUGAACAACGGCGCCCACGUCGACGACGUCGAUCCGCUCUUCAUAUCCUCCUGUUGGAACUCGAACGCCGCCAUCCAAUCGGACUUCAUCGACGCCCACAAGCUGAUGCUCGACGGGCCCGUCGGCCACAUCGGCGCCGACAAGCUGCUGCUCGACUCGCCGCUCCACGACGACGCCGAGCUCGAGACGAAGGCGACCAUGGACGCGCUGGACAAUCUGCUGUUGAACACCCACAACAGCCUCGCCGAGCUCAAACCGCUGCCCCCGUUCACCGGCUACACCGCCAACUUGAGCAUCAACGGCAUCCAAGGCCACCACUACCACACGAUAUCCCAAAGGCACUCCGAGGAGAACAACAACAACAACAACACCUACGGCGGGUACAACGAGCAGAACAUCGUGUCGAGUUCCACCUGCAACGCGCCCGAUUCGGCGUCGUCGCUCAAAUACGAGGAUUGCAGCCAAUCGGGCGUCGAUUCGGCCGCCAACGUCAAAACCGAAGUGUCCGAUUACGAUAUAUCCUCCAUCGAAGACAUCGCCGCCAUAAUCGGCUCCGCCAUAGCGGACACCACCGUGCCCGGCAACAACCAUCCGGACGGCGAGGGACCGGCCGGUUCGCGGGACAGCUGGAUGGACCUGGACGCCCUCAUCGACGGCGCCUGCGUCGAUCAACAGAAGAGCCUCAUGGCGGAGUUCGCGAUGCCCGCCGUGCAAUCGCAGCAGCAGCACCACGGCGGAUCGGCGUUGCAAACGCUGCUGACCCACGGCUACAUGCCGCUGUUGCAAAACCGCCUGCAGAACGGAGCGGCGGUGAAGCAGGAGGCGCCCAGUUCGACGAGCUACGCCGACGCGAUGAGCCCGCCGUCGAACGUCGUCUCCACCACGGAGAACCUGCUGGUGACGGCGAACGGGAGGUUCCUGCCGCAGUACGCGCACGGUUUGGGCGAGGACCGUCGGAUGCGGAGUCCCGACGUGCUGCAGAACUACCCUCACACCACCACCAACGCGUCGAAGAAGCCGCGCAGCAGGGCGCAGAAGAAGCAGCAGCAACAGGCUGCGGCGGGGGCGUUCCAGCCCGACCAGACGCUGGGGAUGCUGGGCAAGGAGAAGCCGGUGCACAGGUGUAACGUCUGCAACAGGGGCUUCUUGAACAAGAGCAAUAUUAAGGUGCAUUUGCGGACGCACACGGGGGAGAAGCCUUUCAGGUGCGACACUUGCGCGAAGGCGUUUAGACAGAAGGCGCAUUUGUUGAAACACCAGCAGAUCCAUAAGAGAAUCGGUAGAGAUUGA